GUUGUUUCAUUUGUGAAGACAGGUAGUGUCCCAAAGCUCCACAGCUCUACAGUACUUUACCAGAGCCGCUCACCUCCACCUGCUGCCCGCUGGGACCCGGACGGACCGCCACCUCCACCUGCUGCCCGCUGGGACCCGGACGGCCCCGGAGGGCACGCCACUGAGAGAUGAGAUGAGGCUCUACUCCUUCAGAGCUGGAUGUCUGCUGCUCUUCGCGUGUGUCGCGUCGGUUGCCUGGAUUAAACGGGUUCCCAGUGAUGGAGGUUCAACAGGACGGCCAGAUCUGCAGACCCUGUACCAGCGUCUGGUGGUGGCUGAGGAGUUGGGAGGGCAGGUCAGCAGGGAUCUCAGCAGCAUCCUGGUACAGCUGAGGAACAUAUCCAAGACUGCCAACAUCACCCAUCCCACCCUUAACACCACCACCUCCACCACCUCCACCAUUUCCACAGAAACAACAAGGCUGCAGACAGACAACUCAGGCCGACAGACGUUCCUCCUGCCCAACAUUUACCUCUACAUGCCCCAUCUCAGACAGCAUCCAGGCAGCCUCCUGCCCAGAGUUGUCCUGGGACAGGGACGCCGUGGAGUGUCCAUGGUGCUGGGCAUCCCUACAGUGAAGCGUGAGAAGCAGAGCUACCUGGUCAGCACCAUCAACUCUCUGCUCUACAGCCUGACGCCUCUGCAGCAGCAAGAUCUCCUCAUAAUCGUCUUUGUUGCUGAGACGGACUCAGACUAUGUGGGCAGCAUUGCAGAGACCAUCAGGAGGAAUUUUCCCAAGGAGGUGCAGUCCGGACUGUUGGAGGUUGUCUCUCCUUCUCAGUAUUACUACCCCGACUUCACCAGCCUCAGAGAGAGCUUUGGAGACUCCAAGGAGAGAGUCAAAUGGCGAACAAAGCAGAAUCUGGACUACAGCUUCCUCAUGCUCUAUGCUCAGGACAAAGGAACCUAUUAUGUUCAGUUGGAGGAUGAUAUUAUAGCAAAGACAGGCUACUUCAACGACAUGAAGAACUUCGCCAUCCGGGAAGAAUCCAAACGGUGGCUCUUCCUGGAGUUCUCCCAGCUUGGAUUUAUAGGAAAGAUGUUUCGAACCCGUGACCUCCCGAUGAUUGCAGAGUUCUUCCUGAUGUUCCACAGAGACAAACCCAUCGACUGGCUGCUGGAUCACAUUCUGUGGGUGAAGGUUUGCAACCCAGAGAAAGACGCAAAACACUGUAAUGAACAGAAGGCCUUGCUCAAGCAGAGGUACAAGCCCUCCCUCUUCCAGCAUGUCGGCCUCCACUCCUCUCUGCCGGGGAAGUUACAGCACCUGAAGGAUAAGGAUUUUGGGAAGCAGAGUCUGUUCAAGGCCCACAGUAACCCGGCUGCAGAGCUGAGCAGCAGCAUGAAACAUUACCAGCAGCACAGUCUGGCCCGGGCUUACACAGGAGAGGACUUUUUCUGGGCAUUAACACCCAUCAAGGAUGACUACAUCCUCUUCACCUUCACCCAGCCAAUCCACAUUUACAGGUACCUGUUCCGCAGCGGAAAUAUUGAGACCAGUGGAGAUAAAUUCAACAACACCACAGUGGAAGUGCUGCCUAGCAAUGCGGCAGCAGGAGACAGACUAGUGGCGAGUUCUUCUUCCUACAAAGAAUCUGACAACGGCUUCAUCAUUAUCGGUGCAUUUGAGGACGGAAAAGCUGAGGGGGAGGUUGAAGAAGUGCUGCAGCCCAUCUCAGCGCUACGCCUGGUGGUUCACUCUGACGCCGACGUCUGGGCUCUACUGAGCGAGAUACUCAUUAAAGUUUGAAGACCACAGAGAAGAGGAAACCACAAACACACACACACACACACACACUGCCAUCAAGCCCAGUGCUUCAGCUGAACAGACUGCCCCCCCUGCUGGACGAACACUUUCACUACUGGGACUAUUAUUUGAUCUACUGGGAUUACUGGAAUUCCAUGAAGUGCCUAAACCACCGGUGGUCUGAGAGGAAGGAGGACGCACGUUUAGUGUUUGUUCUGAGGUCACGUACUUUAAGUGUUGCCUUGUGGAGUUUGGAAGGGAAUCCACCUCCCUGUAGCUGUUUAAAGACACUCCACUUAUCAAAGAGUUCAGAGUGAAAACAGUAAAGCUACUCAAUAAUUUAUUACAUUAUAUUUUGUUGUAACAAAUAAAGAAAAGAAUCUAGUA